UACACACCUAUAGUAGGGUGCUCAAUACUGCUCCAAGCUCAGCUUAUGAUUUGGUGUGAUGUGGUGACAGAAUUUUCUUCCCUUACUAUGGAAUCCACCUAAUCCUUCAUUUCUUUGUUUGCUGCUUGUUUCCCCAAUUAAUUAGUUUUCUCCUUUUGUUCACAUUCCCUUGGUGAAGCCCUUUGAGGAAAACAAGAAAAUAGAGCCAUGGUAACUGUGUGAUAAUAGCAGUGGUUUAGUUCCAUUUAAUAUCACUGUGUUAUUCUGUAGGAAAUUGUGACUAAUUGUUUCUCUACUUCUCUGGCAGUCUGUGAGAAGGCCAGCAUCACAGAACACUAAGUCAUGGCUCUUCCUAAUUGCUGUAAGUUUACAUAAAAAGAAAACUUUGGCGACUGAGGUAUGGGUGGUAGGUGAAUCAAGUGUAGCGAUGAAAGAUGUUCCCAUCACUGACUCCUCUUCAGUGUUCAGGACAACAAUUUUCACCUCAGGUGUAAUGUGUACGAACAGCCGUGCAUCUACAUAUCUUGUGAAAAACUCUUCCUUUUUGCCUUCUUCAGCAAACAAACAUUGCAUUUACACAAAUUCCUGGGACGUCUUUGUCUGUGUUAAUCAUGUACAGUUCUGACUUUUUAUUCAAAUAAUAUAAUUUCUCCUUUUCUUCCUUAGUGCUAAAAACUACACAAUGGCUCUUUAAUAUUUAAUUGACGAUAUCAUUUUACAGGUUUUAGUUUAAAGGUAACCAUAGCACAAACACAUUCAUUAUUAACUGCUGAAUAGCAGCGUAGGUUCUUGGGAAUCCUCUCUGGCUUAAUAUGAGAAUCCUCAUCAGAAGAAAACAGCGCUGGUAUUGUUGUUAAGCGUGACAAACUGGCAGACCCGAUGGGCACUACCCUGGAACAAUGCAAACUGCUUAUAUCAGUGGAAGAGACCAUGUUCAAGGGUGAGGUGAAGGCAGAAAGUGAGAGGCUGUCAAGGAAAGUGCGGUUCCGUGUGGCAUCCUCACACAGCGGACGGGUGCUGAAGGAGGUCUAUGCUGAUGGGGAGGCCACCGACUCACUGGACUCUGAAUACACCAGCAGCUCAGAGACUGACCAGACCAGCCGGCUGAGCGAGGUGGAGGGCCAGCAGAAUGGGCAUGGUGGCUCUGAGUGCGAUGAAAACGAAAAUGAGCAGGAUGACUUACUCAUUUUAGUCAGAGCCACGAAAGAGAAGGGUUUUGGUACAAAGCGAGUCAACAUUCUCAGCAAAAAUGGCACGGUCAGAGGUGUCAAGCACAAAGUCAGUGCUGGUCAAGCCCUCUUUGACAACUUGUCAAAAAUAUUUCAGGUGUCAACAGUGCCAGAAUUUGGCCGCAUAGUAAUUUAUACCACCAGCCUUCGUGUGGUGAGAACCACUUUUGAAAGAUGUGAACUGGUUAGAAAGAUAUUUCAAAACCACAGAGUUAAAUUUGAAGAAAAAAAUAUUGCUCUGAACAGCGAUUAUGGAAAAGAACUUGAUGAGAGAUGCAGAAGGGUGUGUGAAGCCCCAUCUCUCCCUGUUGUGUUUAUUGAUGGCCAUUACCUUGGGGGUGCUGAGAAAAUUUUGCUAAUGAAUGAAUCUGGGGAACUACAGGAUCUCUUAACCAAAAUUGAGAGAGUCCAGCAUCCUCAUGAGUGCCUCUCAUGUGGGGGCUUUGGUUUCCUUCCGUGCUCAGUGUGCCAUGGGAGCAAGAUGUCUGUGUUUCGAAACUGCUUUACGGACUCAUUCAAAGCCCUCAAGUGCACAGCUUGCAAUGAGAAUGGGCUACAGCGCUGCAGAAGUUGUGCAGGUUAAAAAGGGCAUCUCCAUAUGGGCAUCUCCAUAUUUGCAACUCAUUUUAUUGUACUUCA